AUGGCGGCCCACGGUCAAGACUAUCUGGCGUGUAUUUUAUCAUACCUGGAUAACUCUGGCUUAAAAAAUGGAUUAGCACUUUUAGGUCUUUUGUGGACAGCCAAAGUAUCUUUAACUCUAGCUUUCAACAUCGUGAAAGGCAUGAGAAUAUAUUUGUUAGCUCAAGUCACGCGAAGGAAUAAUUUUCGUACCAAAUAUGGCGGCAGAUGGGCAGUUGUUACAGGUGCAUCUGAAGGAAUAGGAAGAUCAUUUGCAUGUGAGUUGGCACAAUGUGGAAUGAAUGUUGUUCUGAUGAGUCGCUCAACCCAAAAAUUGGAAAAGGUUGCAGAGACCAUAGAAAAAGAGUGCAAGGUUGAAACAUGUAUCAUCCCAAUAGACUUUGCCACACAGGAUGUUUACCAGAAAAUAACCACUUCACUAGAGGGACUCGACAUAGGCAUUUUAGUGAACAACGUUGGUGUAAUGUAUGACUAUCCACAAUACUUUUUGGAUGUUCCCAAACAGAAACUUUUUGACUUGAUAAAUAUUAACAUGACUUCGCUUAUAAUGAUGACACGUGUUGUUUUACCCCAGAUGUGUAAAAGGAAACGGGGCGCAAUUAUUAACAUGUCGUCUAGUGCAGGAGAGUUGCCUACACCCCAGAUGACAGUCUAUGCUGCAACUAAGGAAUUUGUGGACAGUUUUUCACGUGCUCUUGCUUUUGAGUAUGCCCCGCAAGGGAUUGAAGUUCAGUCUCUGAGACCGUUUUACGUGGCCACAGCCAUGACAUACGGUACAAAAGCUAAUAUCGUUGUUCCAUCACCUGAAACGUACGUGAAGAGUGCACUUUACACACUGGGAUUGUCAAGACGAAACACAGGCUAUUGGAGUCAUGGUAUUCAGGGUUGGUUUGUUAGUUUUUGUCCCGAAUGGCUCUGGAUGUGCACCGCUACUUUGCUCAACAAUCAAAUCCGUCGAGUUGUUCUUAGAAAUAGAAAGCAGUGACGAUUUUCAUAUUGGAAGCUUCCUUUAAUAUUAAUCCCAUUUCUUUGUUACAAAUAAUCGAAACCGAUUAAAUCGGCUCCCUACAAUUAUAAUAGGUAUCGUAAGCCAACCAUGAAUUAUCAUGUGCUCUUGUUUCAUUCAUUUGCUGCACAUAUCUAAUUUUACUCUGAUCCCUUUUCCUUUGAAAAUUAAAGGUAACUAUCCGUUUUUAUAAAAAUUAGUAUUGUAUACUUUGCCAAUUUUUAUGGCAAGAAAAUCUAAGACACCUGAUGCAACUGAAAGAAAAUUCUGGGCUGGUCGAAUGAACUCAUGUCUAUUGACAUCUGUGUACUGUGUAAUGCACUACGUUCAUUAUUUCUGAGAUGAAGAAAAUAAAUAUAGGUAUUACUCUAGGUAAUAAUAUAUACUACACUGGUGAAUAAGGCUGAUUGGUUUGUUUGGAAGUGAGUAACAAGUAUUCUUUACCUCCAAGCAGCGAAAGAGUCAAAAUUGUGCGUCAAGAGUUUGAUUUCCGACCACUUUUCGGUAUUUUGACAGAAUUAAACUAACUUUUUGUAUUUCUGCAAGGUACGCACUAAAACAAUUAUUCACCUCAAUGUAGGCGAAAGUGGUGAAUGUUUACAUCCAAUUCGGUGAAAAGUUGUUCGUGCAACCAAAUGUUUAUUGGCUAUUUUGCUAUCUGUACUCAACUUAAAGGCACGCUUCUCGUUUCAAACCUUAUCCAGUGUGUUGUUAUGUGAUUUUCAUCAAGUACGUACUAGUUACGUUUACGAAUAAACAGCGUCGAAUUAUCUUUAAAUUUGAUGCGCUUUAU